CCGUGCGCUUAAACAGUAUAGGUGGCACCAUCAAAACCCACAAACAGUGGACCAAGUAUUGGACUGACAAAAAAAGCGCCAUUAAAAAAAAAGUUGCAGCACGCUCUGCUGCUAGGCGUAGGACUGGUGGUGGGGUGGAGGACGAAAUGAUGCUAACUGAGGUUGAGGAAAGGAUUGUUGCUUUGUGUGGUGGUGAAAGCUUUUCCACAGGAGAUGCACAUUUAGGCAUUCAGCCGUUUCCGGAAAAUGAUACGCCGUCUCCAUCACCCGAAGCACAACCUAUAUACAAUACUAAUGAUGACAACAUUAAUGUACCACAACAACAGCAGAGUCAGGCACGGCCUACUGAGGAAUCAGCAGCUAUUGUAUUUUAUGAUUCCGCCCUGAUUGAGGACAGUCCAGCACCUCGAAAUUACAGACCACCAGCUAGUGCAAUUUCGAGAAAACUGUUUGCUUCCUCAUCCAGCUCCAUUGUUGGAACUAGCCAAAGCAUUUUACGGAAUAACCAGUUAGACAACACUCCUCCUCCAAAUCCUCAUGUUUAUCAUCCCAGCCUGUCCCCUCCAACUGUAACACUUUCCCAUACGCCCACACCUUCACCUUCACGCCGUGGUUCCACCCCAGUAGCCUCCCCAGUCAUUCCAAGAACUGCGGCUUCAUCAUGUAGGUAAAAAAUACAUUUAAACAGCA